UUUUCCGUGUUUUAGCCUAGAAGUAGUCAGUACGUAUCGCGACCAAAUGACGAUGCUCGCCAGAUUCUCAAAGAGUGUUCGUGUAUCCCUACUAAUGAGUUGGCUGCUAUAUUAACCAACAUUAGCGCACCGCUGGCGUUGUGCACAGCUAUGACUGAGGAGAACUGCGACCAGUGGACGAAAAAUGAUUUUCUCAUGAAGUAUGAACAGGCUCUUCGUUUCCUUGAACCGCAACUGAACGAAGAUCUCGUAGAAAAUGUACCUCCCGCUGUUCUGAUCUCUCAGACAACUUUAUCGGAUGCAAAUGUUACGAUCUUGGAUAGAAUAUCUAAUUAUGGUUGUGACCGUGAACGCUUUGUUGAAGACUCAGAAUAUCGAACGGAAACCAUUAUUGGACUGGCUAUGACAGAUGAUGAAGUGAUGUAUGCUGAUGCACUUGAACUGGCCGCAGAUUUUAAAAUGAACGAUUGGCCAGUGCAUUUUGCCUCGCUCGAGAAUGCUUUGACAUCGUGA